CAACUAGUGGAAAACAGGGACAUGGCAGCAUAGUACAGUGUGUUUCACUAGAAUAUCAUUUAAUGUUGUCAUUUUUUCAAAAAAUAUUCUGACCAUUUAAAAAAAAAUCAAAUAAUAUCUAAUAUUUUGAAAGUAAAUGUUACAGUGAUAACUGUUUUUAUUUGAAGUGUUUAAAUAGUGAAAACAUCUCAUCUUCCAAACAGCUCUUUCUUCUAUGAUUAGGCCGGGCAACGUAUCUGCUACAUAAAAUGCGCUCGAGCAAUUACUUCGUCGCCCUAGAAGAGCUGAUUCCGCGGCGACUUGACUUCUGAUUUUAUCACUCUCACACUAGCUAUGACAAAUACUUUGUCUACUAUUCGACAUACCAUCCCCAACAGUAACGCUGAUGAGAGCACUUUGCACACCCCGCAUUCAAUUUUGAAGGACCUCCGAUUUGUUUGGUGCAAGCAGCGGCUGAUGUUCUGAACUGAAGCGGAGGCAGCCAUUGUGGGGCCUUGGGACGCUUGCGUUCACAGUGCUGUUUUUUUCUUGCAAAAUGGCGGCCCCUGCUCUAACCAGCCGGGCUGGGUCCGUAAAUAGCUUGGGAAACAGCCCCACUGCGACUCCCAGCUCCACGAUCAAUAACAACAAGAUCAUUCCAAGCUACCCCGAGCUCGAUUUCAGGUCCGGGGCCAGAAUCGAGGAUUUGAACCGAUUGAUUCAGGAAUUUAGUAAACACGAUCAGCGAGAAUAUGACGACCAGCGAGCGCUCGAGAUCCACACCGCCAAAGAUUUCAUUUUCUCCAUGCUCGGUAUGGUGCAGAAACUGGACCAGAAGCUCCCUGUGGCCAACGAGUACCUACUGCUGUCAGGUGGCGUGCGAGAGGGUGUGGUCGACAUGGACCUAGACGAGCUGAGCGUCUACGCCCGCGGCACCGACUAUGACAUGGACUUUACCCUCCUCGUGCCUGCGCUCAAGUUGCACGACCGCAACCAGCCGGUGACUUUGGACAUGCGCCACUCAGCCCUGUGCCACUCGUGGCUGAGCCUGCGCCUCUUCGACGAGGGCACCAUCAACAAGUGGAAGGACUGCUGCACCAUGGUAGACCACAUCAACGGCGCCACCAACUACUUUUUCUCACCCACGCUGGUGGCUGACUGGUUCUACGAGUCCAUCAGUGUGGUCCUGGUGGAGAUCCAGAAGAAGCCCCAGCGUGGCAUGCCCCGCGUGGAGAAGGUGGAGCGGAACGGCACCAUCAUCUCCGUCAUCCUGGGCGUGGGCAGCAGCCGCAUGCUCUAUGACAUCUUGCCUGUGGUCUCCUUCAAGGGAUGGCCGGCGGUGGCCCAGAGCUGGCUGAUGGAGAACCACUUCUGGGACGGCAAGAUCACAGAGGAGGAGGUGAUCAGCGGCUUCUACCUGGUGCCUACCUGCUCCCACAAGGGCCGUAAGGAGAAUGAGUGGCGCCUGUCGUUCGCCCGCAGCGAAGUGCAGCUCAAGAAGUGCAUCUCGGCCAGCCUGAUGCAGGCCUACCAGGCGUGCAAGGCCAUCAUUAUCAAGCUGCUGUCAAGGCCCAAAGGCAUCAGCCCCUACCACCUGCGCAGCAUGAUGCUGUGGGCCUGCGAUCGGCUCCCCGCCACCUACCUGUCCCAGGAAGACUUCUCAGCCCACUUCCUGCUAGGCCUCAUCGACGACCUGCAGAACUGCCUGGUCAACAAGAUGUGCCCCAACUACUUCAUCCCGCAGUGCAACAUGCUGGAACACCUCUCGGAUGAGACGGCCAUGCUCCACGCCCGCAAGCUCAGCUCGGUGCGCUCUGACCCGGCCGAGCACCUGCGCACCACUAUCGAGCAUGCCAAGGCGGCCAACCGGCUGACCCUGGACCUGCAUUGGCGCGGCAGUGCCUUAAACCUGCCGUCGCCACAGUCGGACGCGGGCGGCGAGCACCAGCCAGAUGACCGAUUGGCUAAGAAGCUGCAGCAGUUGGUGAUGGAGAACCCCGGCAAGUCCAUCUCGGUGUUCAUCAACCCCGACGAUGUGACGCGGCCGCACUUCCGCAUCGACGACAAGUUCUUCUGAGACUUCAAAAUAGAAAAAUACUACUCCCCUUUGACUAGAUUGGUCGAGUCAUCAAAUUAGUCGGUUUCCCAAGUAACGGUCGCCACAGAGCGGUGUGAGGUGCUUUUGUCCAAUAGUGUCUUCCCAUUUUGUUUCUCUGUCCCUGACACCUGUCCCCACACCCCACCAACCCUAACCCUGUCACCUUUAGAAGGCCUUUACAGGACUACAUGAAACAGGUGGAAGAAGAGGUACUGCGUCUUGCCUCGGAUGGUUAAGGAAUGUCUUAGUCCCUGUAGGAGAACUGAUGGUACUAACGCCAUAACUGUACAUAGAGAGAGUUGAGUGGAUAUGUGUGUGUGGACUUUGAUCUUAUUUUGCACAGAAUGUAGAGGCACACAGUUAUCAUGUUGGAAGUGCUAUGAAGUGAAGUCUGAAAUGUUGCUUAUCUUUUAGGAAGGCAAUUUCAAUGGUCUUUUUUUUCUCCACUGGGCUAAAUGCUCUGGAUUUAUACCUACUGGUUUAGAGUAUGUUUAGAGCUGUUAUUCCAAUAAGCUGUAUCACAAUGACAAGUUAUUUCUAACUUAACGUUCUCUGUAGUCAUGUCCAUGCCCUAUGUGUAUAGUGAACAGUUCCAGACGUAUCCCGAAUAUGCCAAAACCCUGCAGAUAUCUGACCGGCAAUGUGAUACACAUAUCUUCAUCCUCAAGUGCAAUUAGUAAACAAACACACACCACACCAUACAUAAAUGUGCUAACACUCAUCAUACACACUCCUGAUCAGUGAAAUUGUGUAUUUAAUACGUAUUUGUGAUAUUCUAGAACUCUGGGACGUUGUCAUUUUGUUUGUCUUUGUUAUAUGGAACUCAAACAUUUUACUGCGAUUCUUAUUUUCCAUAUUUGCUGCUGACCUUAAGAUGUUUUAUGAUUAACUGGUUAAACAAAUUAAGUUAACAAACACAAUUAUGAAUUUUAAUUGUACAUGUGCGUAACUACUUUGUACACACGAAUCCUGUUGAGUCAAACCUGUCAUGGACCAAUCAGAAUGGACCAACCGUGCAACCUCACCAUUGGCAGGGAUCUAACACUGCUUUAUCAUUAAUUCAGACCAAUCACUGCAGUGGCCUGAGGAAACGUGUUCUGUGCCUCUACUUUUUCAAAGGCAUACUGGCCGCGUUUCCCGGGCUGACUACAUUACAGAUGCCUGCCAAAUCUCACAAUGCCUGAAGAGCUGUCAUAUCACAUCAUAUGAUAUGUCAUAUCACAUCAUAUGAUAUGCAAUCUGAUGCCUGACUGUACAAAUCGAUUGACCACGGGUUGAUGCAAUGUAGUUGGCCUGAAACGUGACCAUACUGUAUGAGAGGGAGAGCAAGUCCCGCAUUCGGCCUACAAUGACCACAUCAAAUCAAAUUGUGUGAAUAAUCUGAGAGCUGUGUAGAUGGUAACACUAUAAACAAGCUAAAAUGUAAUAAAACAUUUAACAACC